AAUUGUGACUGUCGGGACGAGUUUUGUUUUGAAUUAGGUGCAAUUUGAGCAGGCUCGAAGCCCUGAAAUUUCUUCGUCUUGAAAGAAAAAAGCAUAUAUUUUAUUAAAUUCUUACAUUUAUCGUUAAAAUAUAUAAUCAACGAUUGUUUAUUAUGUCCUAAUAUAAAAGUUGUUGUAUUCGUUUAGGUUAUUUUCGUUAGUUCUUACUCACAGAUCGUGUUAUAAUAUAGCUUUCUACGAUUUAAAUAAAAUGGAUCUGGACAAGCAAAAGUCAUGGGUAGAAUUGAACGACGAAGACGAUGCUCUGCUCGAUGAAGCCAUUUGUAUGAGCUCGAACGAGCUCGGUAAAAUAAUCGAGUCCACUAAGAAAAUUGCAGAAACUCAAUGUGUGGAAAAAACAGAAUCAACGGAGACAAAUUUAUGUAGCAAUAACGAUGCGAAACACGACGAUGUUAGUUUGCAUGUACAAGUCAACAAUAAAACUACAGAAAAAAAGUACAGAGAAAAUAAAAUUAAUAAUGGGAAUGCCAUAAAAUAUGAAGAUAAUGUGAUAAACAAACCAGAAGAUUUGCACAGUUUUCGCAAAAGGCCAGGGAAAAGUAAUUUUUAUUACGAAGAUACAAAGGUAUCGCGCACCAGGCGUUAUAGCGAUUCAAGUUCUACUACAAAUUCUUCGGACAGUAGUAGAAAACGCAUAGAAUAUGAAACAAAUCCUAAGAUAUUAGCGCAAAGACAAAAGGAAAUAGAUUAUGGAAAGAAUACCAUUGGAUACGAUAGAUAUAUCGAGAUUGUACCUAAAGAAAAACGUUCAAGAGAACAUCCAAGAACACCGCCGAAGCAUAUUAAAUACAGUAGAAGAGGAUGGGACGGUAUGGUGAGAUUGUGGAGGAAACAACUUCAUCAGUGGGAUCCGCCGCAAGAGUAAUCCUGAUUAAAAUGAAAUUGUGUUUGAACUUAAUUUUAUUACAUAAGUAUGUUACAGUGCUCUUUGCGGUUCCAUGUUUUUUACAUACAUGUAUAAGAUUAGAAUAUAGGUA